AUGAUUGAAAGGUUUUUAGCUAAUGCACCUAGAGAUUUUGAUCCUGAAGUCCUUGAAGAAGAAGAGAACGAAUUUAAUGAAGAAGAAGAUGAAGAUAUUAUUCGAACAGAGUCUCUAUUGGAGGGAUGGUACAGACAUCAAUGUGUUCAUAGUCCCUCAAAUCCAAAUUUAGUCAUUAUUUUACAAGAUUUUGAAUCUUUUGAGCCUGCAGUUCUUCAGGAUUUCUUUACCAUUUGUAGUGAAUAUAGAUCAAGUCUACCUAUUGUUUGUAUCAUGGGUAUUGCUACAUCUACUGAGAUUUUGCAUCAAUCUCUUAGUAAAUCAACCAUUGAAUUGUUAAGAAUUGAAAAGUUUAGAUUAGAACAAAGUGAAGUUUGGUUCAAUAGAGUGAUUGAAAAGAUAUUUUUGGAUUCAUUACAUACAUUAAAAUUUGGCGCACGUCCUUAUAAGUUCUUACUAGAUCAUUUUUAUUUGUAUGAUUUCUCUAUAAGUAAAGUAACAGCGAGUAUCAAGUACGCAUUAAUGCAUCAUUUUUAUGGCAACCCACUUUCAAUCUUCUUACCUUUACUUGGAUUUGAAAAAACAAAGACAAAGAGUAUUUUAAGUGAAUGGUUAGAUAAUAAUAUGUUGAAUGAACAUCAUAUCACUUUUAUACGUAUGCUUAAUUCUUUUAAAAACUAUAUUGAAGACCUUGCUUCAACUGAUCCAAAAAAGGCCCUACGACUUUUAGAAGAUGAUCGAUAUUUAAUAACAGAAGUUGCAGCCGACCUUUUAGAUGACAUCAAGAUAUAUCAGAAAAAAUUUAAAAUGGGUAUACAUUUACUAACACUACUUCAGGCUCAAUUUCCUUCAUUUACCUCCUUUACAAGUCUUAAAAAAUCAAAGCGAAUAUUGUUACUUGAAGCGCUUGAAACACAAAAGGAUUUUGCAGAAAAGGGUGAAUUAAUUAAAUCAUUGGUCAUUUUAACAAGAAAGAUUGAUGAGGAACAUAUUGGGAAAUUAUUGAAUGAAUUGCGCGAUUUCUUUGAGCAAGAUGAUUAUAAGGAUAUCAGUCAGCCUACGUUAGCACAAUUAGAUAUCUGGGAUAGUCGUUACAAACAAUUAUCAGAGGCAGAUGAGACAUUUGUAGCAAAGAUGUCUCGAAAAGCUAAAUUACUAGAAGGUAUGGUCUUACCUGAGGCACAGACUGAAAAAGGCAGACAUACAGAAACAGCAAGGAAAGUACAAACCGAAUCAAUUGAGCACUUGAAAAGAAAGGGAACUGAGGCUUCCAAGAUUGCCAUGAGUAUUGCUGAAUGGUUUGAAAAAAUGCUUACAGAUUGUUUAAAAACAUUCAACAAAGUUCCUUUACAUGAAUUAGUUUAUUAUACAAAUAUAACAUUACAUGAAAAGUCAUUUGCAUCACAACCACGAGCUUCAAUUCAAACUGCUCUAACCCAACCACAACACUAUAUCAACUGCUCAUGUUGUGAUACAGAAAAGAGUGACGAAAUUAUUCCUUCAGAACAUGAUACCUGCAUUCUAUAUAAACUUUACCUUGAAUGUGGUCGAAUGAUUAAUCUUUAUGACUGGUUUGUAGCCUUUGGCUGUGUAAUUGAAAGAGAGAAAAGAGCGGCGAAUCAAAAAUUAGAAGAAAAUGAAGUUCAGGCAAGAUUUAUUCGAUCUGUUGCAGAACUUCAGUUUUUAGGAUUUAUUAAACCUACUCAAAGAAAGACAGAUCAUGUUAUUAGGUUAACCUGGUCAAAUAUUUAA